ACAACCUUAGACAUAUCUCUAUAUAAUAACUAAAUCGUUUACCAUAGUUUAUAAGUACGCUCCAUUGUCGAUAACUAUCAUAUUAUUAUGUUAUCAAAUAUGGACUUCGACGAGGAGAGUAGUGCUCAUCAUCUUUUUUUAUGUCCUAAAGCUCGUUUCAGAUACAAAGAUAAGUUCCACGAGAUCGACGGUGAGAGUUGUAACAUCAUCGAUACUUCGUGUAGUUUCCGCAACUCUGGGGUACGUCUCUCUCAUCUCUCACAUCCUGAUCAUUAUGUAUUUCCUUUACCAUGGUGUAAUAACAAAGUUGGAGAAGGCGAUGUCCCUUUCUGCUCAGCGUGCUGUUGUAAAACAAUUGGUACAGAUUGUUAUAUUUGUGACGUCUCUAACGCUAUUUACCACAAAGAAUGUGUUGAGGCACCAUCUAAGAUCAAACACCCUCUCCAUUCCAAACAUCCUCUCCAGCUUAUAAAAUUUACUUAUAGAACAACCAAGCUAUGUUAUUGUUGCGGACAAAGCAUAAGUUACUUGAUCUACUAUUGCUCUGUUUGCAAUUUUAGUAUAUUUUCCAUCUGUGCCCAAAAACCCCUACGUUUAACCAUUGACCAUCCAAAGAGGCAUGCUCAUACACUCACCCUUUUUCCUAGACAAGGCCCCUUAACUUGCAGCACUUGUGGGUUAGACCAUUAUAAGUGCUCGUUUUACAUUUGUGCUCCUUGCGAUUUUGUUGUCCAUGUGGACUGUAUCUACUUACCAUGGGUUAUAAGAAUUUCUCGUCACCCUCACCGUCUCUCUUACACUUCGUCUCUUCCAUCGGGAGAAUGGUCUUGCGGAGUUUGUCGCCAAAAAGUUGAUGAGUUUUGUGGAGAAUAUUCUUGCAACAGGGGAUGUGCUUAUGGUGUUCAUUCAAAAUGUGCCACGCGAAACGAUAUAUGGGAUGGGAAAGAACUUGAAGGGAUCCCUGAAGAAUUUGAUGAAGUUGAAGAUGAAAGGCCGUUGUUUGAGAAGAUAGGUGAUAAGCUAAUACGACACUUUGGGCAUGAACAUCAUAUCCUUAGACUUGAUGAGGAGGUCAAUCGAGUUUAUAACGAGAAAAAGAUUUGUCAAGGCUGCGUUGUUCCCAUCUACGAAGUGGUGGAUAUGGAGAGAAGAAUGGUUAUUGUCGUUGUCGGGCUUGUCUUCGAGAGUACGGUGGUUUUUCUUACAAAUGCUGCAAGGAAACAUGUUAUUUCAAUUUAG